GCUUAUCAGUACAUAUAAGAAAGAGAGCAUGCGGAGAAGCUAAUGGAAUAUCAGAACAAACGAGGAGGAAGAGUAAAACUACACUCGAUUCUGACGCCGCCAUCAGAGUUUGAACAUUAUGAGAAGGGAGAUGCACUAUAUGCUAUGGAACUAGCAUUGUCGUUGGAGAAGCUGACAAACGAGAAGCUUCUGAACCUUCACAAUGUGGCCGAGCAAAACAAUGAUGCUCAGAUGGUGGAUUUCGUCGAAAGCGAGUUUUUAACCAAGCAGGUGGAAGCCAUUAAGAAGAUAUCGGAAUAUGUUUCUCAACUGAGGCGGGUUGGAAAAGGGCAUGGUGUGUGGCACUUUGAUCAAAUGCUCCUCAAUGAGGGAGCGUGAUGCUUGUAUGGUCCACAUCUAAACGCUCUAUCUUUUGUUGUUUCAGAG